CACCUGCCACAUAGACCUUGUUCAACCUCCAACCGACUUCCCAAAGUCACCACACACCAAACUAAGCCUCACUCAGCCAUCAAAAGGGACGAAAGAACCAUACCAUUACCAGCACAUGUACUGUAGAGCGAGGAAGGAUGUCACUGGGAUCUAUGAAUGUUUUCAUUCCUCCUAUGAGUGUUAUCUUCUUCUUGUUGCUGCUGCUGUGCUGUUGUCAUGACAGAACUCUCGCUGCUUCGGUUCGCUACCGCCAAGGCCGCUUGAAUUCCCACAAGAACGGUGACGAACAACAAGAUCUGUUGGCAGUCAAGGACAACCUGAGUGUGGCAGCUGCCCGUCAAUACUGUCACGACGAAACUGACUGUGUUUCCUUUGGAUAUGAAUCUUCCACCACACGGUUUCCUGCCAUUACCAUCCGGGCGUUCUUUUAUCGUCAUGCGGAUUGGCAUGUCUUGCCCACGGGACAAGGCGCCUUUGUAGAAGAUCCGGCGUGGCAUCUCUACGUGAAUACCACUCGAGAAGUGGCUGCCGUCCCAGGAGAAGUGGAAACUGUUCUCAGUCAACUGGAACGAGUGGGAAACUCUUGUCCAACCCGUCCUGCUGAGGAUACUACUCAGAAGAAAAAGGAUGAGUCAGUAAGAGAUUCUUCCAAGAAUCAAAGAAGGCUACGGUCUUCCAGCAGUACCAGCAACAGUGAAGAUUCUAGAAGGGCUGUUGAGGAUGCAGCAAUACAAAGACAACGACAACUAUUAGAACCUCCCCUGUGUGUUCAACAACAAGUCAUGCUCUUGGAUGCCAUUUUUCACAUUGUAUACCCCAAAGAAAUCAAAACGGUGGCAGCUCCUUAUUUGAUUCCACAAAUGCUAAAGCUCUCGGCCAAUGCAUCCUUGUACAGAGAUAUUCGAUUGGCGGCUCUGACCAAUCUCUUGGUCAUUGCGGAUUCCCAAGUCACAGCUCCCAUGCUGGUAGAUGCAGGCGUCUACGAAGUCAUGAAGACCAUCAUUACGAGGGAACGACGGGGCGACGAUUGGGAGGGAUUGCCCAUUCUGGCAUUGGAUUGCAUCUCCAACAUUGUCAUGUAUCGUCAUCCACAAGCCAAUGCACAACUCCGGAAAAAGGGUGCAACCCUGCUAUUACAACAAGUCAUGGAUAAAUCCACUGGAUUUCCAGCCUUGCAGUCGGUCUUGGCGCUGCUCCAUCUGGGCAGUGCGGACAGUCACAAUUUACCCAAAGAGAUUCUGGUCGAAUUGGUCCAACUAUUGGCCAACUCGAUUGAUGGGGAUGUCGUCUAUGGGAUUUUGUGGGAUUUGAUACCCGGGCCCUUGAGUGCCAUUCAGCUGUUGAUCCAGCAAGAACAACAACAACAACAACAACAACAAACUACUACAGCACUCACCAAUAAGCAGGACGAUGCUGAUACCAACAUUAGUAUGAUGGACCAUUUGUUGGAUGCAGGAUUGGUCGAACAGCUGUUACGGAUACUGGAAGUCAAGAGCAGCACGUGUGGGUUGGUGGCAUCGCAUACGCAGGUAGCAUUGGAGAUUCUGGAUGGAAUUGCUCACUUGUCCCAGCGAGCACGAGAAAUGAUCUGGAUGACUGCCGGAACUAUCAAGCAAGCACAUCAGCAGCUGCAGGAGUACCAGCGACCUGCCAUGUUGGCCAAGGAACUCACAACGGUGGUCUCGAGGCAUGAUUACUUUCAAGGCUUUCGAGCGCAUGAAUUGUAGUAGUAAAGGGAAGAAUCAUCUAAACAUUGGUUCAGAACUGCUCCAGACAAACUCCAUUCCAAAGAGAUCGCUACUGCUAAUAUCGCUACGGAUCCAUUCAACCGAACUGCAUAAAUAAAAAUAAAAAUAUAUUGCUAAUACUUUUAGAUCACCACGGACACUUCAGUCAAUGGUUCCCAGCAUCAGGACAACGCCAAAAUCUAGCUAUUUGUGGCGCGAAAACU